AUGGCCACUACGUUCGACCAUCUCUUCGGCGCGGAGCGCGCUUGUACCGUGAAGGAUGUCAAGGCGCAGAAGUUUAUCACCGCCUUGGCGAAGCAUAUGAAGCGGCAAGGGAAGUUUGAGCUUCCGCCCUGGGCUGACGUCGUCAAGACUGGCGUAUCUCGGGAGCUGCCGCCUAUGGAUCAGGACUGGCUUUACAUUCGAGCGGCGUCUAUUGCCCGCCAUGUGUAUAACCGAGGUAUAAGCAUAUAGUCAUCUUUCUGCCCUUUGAUUUUUAUAUUAUGGUUUCAUCUUCACACCCACAUUGCAUUAUUCCAUGGUCCAAUCGGUGUGUCAUAAAAUGGUUCCAUUCUCGAGCUUCGCAUUUGAAUCCUCAUUCGAUACACUCGGCAGGUGGCUCCGGUGUUGGCGCCUUUCGCAAGGUUUACGGAGGUCAACAGCGCCGUGGAACGUGCACCAGUCAUUUUCGCAAGUCUUCUGGGAAGAUCAUCCGCUACUGCAUGCAGCAGGUACAAAUGCUUUGCUUCGUCGGUGUUUUCUUCUCCCCAGAGAAAGAGUUGUAGAUGAUAAAUCGUCUUUUCAUCUGAGCGGCUUAGAGGACGGGGACCGGGACGGCAUAUUUUUGCAUGAGUAAGAGUGCGCGCCGUCACUUAUAAGAGUGUAUGUGUAUGUGAUUGUUUUCUUCUAUUUGAACUUACAACGAUAACCACAGUUGGAAGAGAUCGGCAUUAUCGAGAUCGACGAAAAGACCGGGGGCCGUCGCAUCACGCCGGAGGGGCAGCGUGAGAUGGACACAGUUGCUGUUCAGGCGCUCGAUGAGGAGGACGAGGACGAGGAUGACGAAUGAUUUCACUUAACUGAGUGGGAAAGAGGAGCCAUCGAAUCAUUUGUAACUUGAUUGCAAAGGAUAUCAGUUCAGCGCUUCGUGCUCAAUAUUCCUCUAUGAGAGAUGCGUUCGACGCCAUGUUGCCCGCAAGCUUGAAGUGUGCUUUUUUUCUUUUUACAUGCAGAUGAUUGCGCCAGGAUUGGAAGGCGAAGAUGCCUGUGUCAAAAUGGACACUGGGCAUUGUUAAAAGGCGUUUCUGUGUUCUGUACAAAAAGCAGGUCUGCGUGUCAUAGUCGUACCAAGCAGACGCAGUUCUUGA